AUAGAAGUAUGAGCACAAUGGUGCUUUCAGCCACUGACAAUUUCACUUUGCUUAAUAUCUAUUAUAAACCUCUGUUCAGGCAAAUGUAUGUUAAGGAUAUUUCAUGUUUAACAGAAUGGUAAUGAAAGCGGCGGUGCUGUUUGUUUCAGUCUCAGAUGAAGCCAAAUGACAGCUAUGGAAAGAGAAAUUCAAUUUUGAAUAUUUUGGAGAGAUCUGAGUGAAACAUUUCUGAACCUCACUUGUCGGUCUCUCUCUGGUAUUAUAAAUAGUUAAAGUGCAAAGUGUAUAAGGAAUGGUGAGUGAAAAUGACUGUUUCUGGUUGUAAUGUGUUAAUAACAAUAUAGUAAAAGCUGGAAUAGUUACAUAGUAACAGCAAGUUAGAGCUGCGUUGUAAUUACUGUGCAUGCAACAAUACGUAAACAUGUGUGGUAAUAUGUUAUGUAUUAGCUGUUAUGAACAGUAAACAACAGUACCAUAUUUAUAAUUUAUGUUCAUUUCUACAUAUACAAAAACAUUAGGAAUUCAAUUUGCAAAAUGUAGUACCAACAAAUAUGAAUGAACAAUGAUCAAUAAUACAUUAAGCUUGAUUAAUAAAUGCUGAAAAGCGCCAGCAAAAGUGAGAUCAGAAAGUACUUUUUUAAGUUCAUAUCAAGUAUUUUUAUGUAUAACAGUAAUUCACCAGCAAGCUAUUUAAUGCCUGGUUUUCUUUGGAGCUCUGUGUGGCCAGUUUUUGAACUCUAGAAAUAAAAUGAAGAGCCGGCAGAGAUGAAUACAUCAGUCAGAGAAGCUCCUGGAGAUCACGAGGCUCGCACUGCUUUAAUCAUUUGCAGGCAAGCACGUAUUUGAGCACUGGCUUGGGAGUCUUUGAUCUGAGAAGUUCUGUUCUGUUCUGUCCUUGGCUUUAUGCUGUCACCCCCUCUUUCCAAGCAAACCAUAUCAAGUGUCUCUUUCAAAGGAGUAUUGUGUUGGUCAGAGCCUGCUCACCUCUAGCCAAUCCUGGUCCCUCUCCUCCUUCUUAUCACGUGUUUGCUUCAAUCACGGUCAGCCUGGAGAAUGACUGAACAUCGAAAGUCCCACCCACUUUUGCUGGUUAUUAAACACGUGAAUUUGGAAAUGGAUCAAAACUUGGGAUAUCUGCUGGAAAAACUGAUUGCAUUGCAGGUUUGUCUUUCGCCUCAUGCCUCAAGUUAAACAAGAUUGUCAUGUGACGGUGGAACUGGUGGCACUGAAAUCAGACGGCAUAAAAUUAAGACUGAACUGUUGAUCCCGUGAACGAUGGAUGAAGAUCUGAAAAAGACGAACCCUCACAAUGGGAGCGUCUCAGGGGUUUUGGAUGCCAAAAAGGCCGAUCGGCCAAAAGCAGCAGUUCUGCAAAAAAAUGUGGGUCUUUUUAGUGGCAUCUGCCUGAUAGUGGGAACAAUGAUCGGCUCGGGGAUCUUCAUUUCUCCCAAAGCGGUUCUGGAGGGGACUGGAGCAGUGGGUCCGUGUCUGUGUGUGUGGGCGGCCUGUGGAGUGCUGGCUACCAUGGGGGCCCUCUGCUAUGCCGAACUAGGUACAAUGAUCAUGAAGUCUGGUGGAGAGUAUCCGUACCUGAUGGAGGGGUUUGGGCCGGUGUUUGCAUACCUAUAUUCCUGGACCACGAUCAUCGUGUUAAAGCCUUCGUCAUUUGCCAUCAUUGCCCUGAGUUGUGCCGAAUACGCCUCAACACCUUUUUACCCAGGGUGCACUCCUCCUCAAGUGGUCACCAAGUGCCUGGCUGCAGCUUGUAUCGUAAUAAUUACAGUCGUCAACUGCCUGAGUGUGAAGCUGGCCUACAGAGUCCAGAACUUCUUCACAGCGGCCAAACUCUUGAUUAUUGUCAUCAUCGUGGUUUCAGGCAUCGUUCUGCUGGCUCAAGGCAAUACACAGAAUCUCAGAGACCCAUUUGCAGGCGCAACAACAUCAUUUGGAGCAAUUGGCCUUGCAUUUUACAACGGACUAUGGGCUUAUGAUGGAUGGAAUCAGCUUAACUUCAUAACAGAAGAGCUGAAAAAUCCGUACAGAAAUCUUCCCCUGGCAAUAAUGAUUGGGAUUCCUCUGGUAACUGUGUGCUAUAUAUUUGUCAACAUUGCAUAUUUCAGUGUCAUGACCCCUACUGAACUGCUGCAGUCUCCUGCUGUUGCUGUGACCUUUGGAGACAGAGUGCUGUACCCGUUAUCAUGGAUUGUGCCUUUGUUUGUGGUGUUUUCCACUUUUGGUGCAGCCAACGGGAGCUGUUUCACUGCAGGCAGGUUGACAUUCGUGGCAGGACGAGAAGGCCAUAUGGUUAGGAUCAUGUCAUACAUUAGUGUGAGACGCUACACGCCUUCUCCAGCUCUAAUGUUUAAUGGUAUCCUGUCGAUCAUCUACAUCAUGCCUGCAGAUAUAAACACUCUGAUCAAUUACUUCAGUUUUGCUCAGUGGGUUUUCUAUGGGCUCACAUGUCUUGCGCUCAUUGUUAUGCGAUUCACUAGAAAGGAGCUUCAGAGACCUGUCAAGGUGCCGAUAAUCAUCCCUGUUCUGGUGGUGAUUGUGUCCUGUUACCUGGUCCUUGCUCCCAUCAUAGACAAGCCUGAGUGGGAAUACCUGUACUGCACAGUGUUCAUAGUCGGUGGUCUUCUCUUAUACGUACCCUUCAUUUACUACAAAUUCAACUGGAUUCGCCGCAUCAUGAGGCCAAUCACCAUGCACCUUCAGCUGCUGCUGGAAGUCGUUCCACCCGAAAAGACUGAGUGACAGAUCUCACAGAUAUAAUAACCAGCGUGGACCACAGACUGAUCCAUGGAAACGUGGAUAAUGGAUCCUUAAAGGGAACAUGGACAGAUUUUUUUAUUUGUUAUUUUAUUAUUUUUUUUAUGCCUGACCAGCCAUUUUUCCUGGUUCACACGGAUACGUUUUUAUUUUAAAGAAUGACACAACACUUCCACGAACGUCUGUAAUUUCAUACACUUCCAGUUUAUCUAACUUAUAAUUGUGUGUUGUUAUAAGCAAGAUUGUUGUACAGAAUAGCAAGGUUAUUUUUUCAAGUUCAUUGAACCGACAUUUAUGAAUUGUAAAGAAAUGAUCCAAAGUAAAAUGAUUUUUCCUUGAAUGCUAAACAGGUGUUUUCAAACAAUGACUUUAGGACGAUCCAGUGUAUGAAUAGACUCAUAAAUACACAGCAGAUUAAGAAUUGUAGUAAUGUAAGUAUCUUUAAGUGACCUAUUAAACUUGUAGUGCAACAAUGGGGUUCUGGGAUUAAAAAUCUAUUUAUUUUCUCUA